AGGCUGUUUGCCUGAAUUACAUCCACAAAUGCCUCGGAAGCAGCAGGCUGACUGCAUCGUUCUCUUCACAUUCCUGGGUCUGUCUGGGCUGGUUGGCGCAGUUACCAGAACAUACCACAUUGGGAUUGUGGAAGAAUACUGGAACUAUGUACCCCAAGGGAAGAAUGUUGUUACUGGAGGAAGUUUUUCAGAAGACAAACUUGCAACCUUAUUUCUUGAAAGAGGGCCAAACAGGAUAGGUGGUCUUUACAAAAAGGCUGUUUACAGACAUUACACAGAUGAGACCUAUUCCACGGAGAUCCCCAAACCUCCCUGGCUUGGAUUCCUGGGCCCUAUCUUGAGGGCUGAAGUGGGUGAUGUGAUUGUCAUCCAUUUAAAGAACUUCGCUUCCCGACCAUACUCUUUGCAUCCACAUGGCGUUUUCUACAACAAAGAUUCAGAAGGAGCCCUAUACCCAGAUAGAACUUCUGGAAGAAAUAAGAAUGAUGAUAUGGUUCCUCCUGGCAGAAACUACACCUAUGUCUGGCCAGUGAGAGAAGAAUAUGCCCCUGCUCCAGCGGACGCCAACUGUCUGACCUGGGUGUACCAUUCACACAUUGAUGCUCCUAAGGACAUCUGCUCUGGGUUAAUUGGCCCGCUCCUGGUGUGCAAGGAAGGUGUCCUGAAUAAAUAUUCAGGGGCAAGGACAGAUGUGGACCGAGAGUUCAUUAUAAUGUUUACUCUGGUGGAUGAGAAUCAAAGCUGGUACCUUGAUGAAAAUAUCAGACAUUUCUGCACCAACCCUGAUUCGGUUGACAAAAAAGAUGCUGUUUUCCAGAGAAGUAACAAAAUGCAUGCCCUCAAUGGAUACCUCUUUGGAAACCUCCCAGAGCCUGAGAUGUGUGUUGGUGAAUCAGUGUCCUGGCACCUCUAUGGGAUGGGGAAUGAGAUAGACAUCCAUUCCAUCUAUUUUUAUGGCAACACAUUCAUCAGCAGAGGGCAUCGGACUGAUGUCAUCAACCUGUUCCCAGCCACCUUCCUGACAACGGAAAUGGUAGUUGAGAAUCCUGGGAAGUGGAUGAUAACUUGCCAAGUUAGUGAUCACCUACAAGCUGGGAUGCUGGGACAAUAUAAUGUUGGUAACUGCAAAGGUGAUAUUCCUCACCCCAAAAUGAAGGGUCAACAGAGGCACUACUUUAUAGCAGCUGAAAAAGUCCUUUGGGAUUAUGCUCCUCAAGGCUAUAACAAAUUCAGUGGUCUUCCCCUAAAUGCUUCUGGCAGUGACUCCGAGCUCUACUUCACACAAGGGGACAACAGAAUUGGAGGAAAAUAUUGGAAGGCUCAGUAUAUGGAGUAUGUUGAUGCCACUUUUACUCGAAGAAAGAGACUCUCUGAGGCAGAAGCCCAUCUUGGAAUUCUUGGCCCUGUCAUCCGGGCAGAGGUGGGUGAUACCCUGCUAGUGACCUUUGCCAACAAAGCCGACAAAGUCUACAGUAUUUUGCCCCAUGGCGUGAUCUAUGACAAGGCCUCUGAUGCAGCCCCAAACAUAGAUGGAUUUCUGAAGCCAGGGGCUCAUGUGAAUCCAGGUGAAACCUUCACAUACAAGUGGAUGGUGCCUGAGAGCGUAAGCCCAACAGCAGGUGAUCCCCCCUGUCUGACCUAUCUUUACUUCUCAGCGGUGGAGCCUAUCCAGGACACCAGUGCUGGCCUUUUGGGGCCAUUGCUAGUCUGUAAGAAGGGUGCUCUCAAUGCCGAUGGGACACAGAAGGGAAUAGACAAGGAAUUUUACCUCCUCUUCACAGUCUUUGAUGAGAACUUGAGCAGGUAUCUUGACGAGAACAUUCAGAGGUUCACAUGGCGCCCCUUCAGUGUUGACAAAGAAGACAAGGAUUUUGUGAGCUCCAACCGGAUGCAUGCUAUUAAUGGCUUUAUGUUUGGCAACCAACCGGGCCUAACCAUGUGCAAAAAAGAUAGAGUUUCCUGGCAUAUGAUUGGAAUGGGCACCGACACGGAUAUGCAUGGAGUUUAUUUUCAAGGGAACACCAUCCACAUACGAGGGACUCACCGCGACACCCUAGCCCUGUUUCCCCAUACCUCCACUACGGUUUUCAUGCAGCCGGAUCAUGCAGGUAUUUUCAGGCUAUUUUGUUCCACCAUGCACCACUUUGUGAGAGGCAUGAAUCAGAUCUAUGAGGUCAACAGCUGUGGCAACAAGGACCCUUCAGAGCAGCCAUACGGGAUGAUAAGAACCUUUUACAUCGCCGCUGAAGAGGUAGAAUGGGAUUAUGCCCCUAACAAAAACUGGGAGUUCGAAAAGCAGCACUUGGACGCAGGAGGGGAAAGACACGGAGAUAUAUUUAUGAACCACACUGAAAACUGGAUUGGCUCUCAGUACAAGAAGGUGGUUUACAGAGAAUACACUGACGGAGAAUUUGUGGAGAUCAAAGCCCGACCGCCACGAGAGAAACACCUGGAACUCCUGGGCCCAAUGGUUCAUGCUGAGGUGGGCGACUCCAUCCUGAUCAUAUUUAAGAACAAAGCCAACCGGCCCUACUCCAUCUCAGCCCAAGGUAUUGCAGACAUGGAGAGCGGAAAGCAGCUCCAAGCAUCUGUCACAAGGCCAGGAGAAAUAAACACGUACAGGUGGAAUGUCCCUAAAAGAUCUGGUCCAGGACCAAAUGACCCAAAUUGUAUUCCGUCAGUUUACUAUUCAACAGUAAACUUUGUGAAGGAUACAUAUAGCGGUUUGAUGGGUCCUCUGAUUAUUUGCAGAGAAGGAGUGUUGAAUGAAAAGGGAAGAAGAAGUGAUGUUGAUUAUGAAUUCGUUCUCUUGUUUUUGGUAUUUAAUGAGAAUGAAUCCUGGUAUCUGGAUGACAAUAUUAAGAAGUAUCUCAAUAAAGAUCCACGAAAUUUUAAGCGCACUGAUGAUUUUGAAGAGAGCAACAAAAUGCAUGCUAUCAAUGGAAAGAUUUUUGGGAAUCUCCAUGGCCUUAUCAUGAAUGAAGAUACGAUGACAAACUGGUAUCUGUUGGGAAUGGGAAGUGAAGUGGACAUACAUACCAUCCAUUAUCAUGCUGAGAGCUUUCUUUUCAAAAUAGAUAAAUCUUACCGAGGAGAUGUGUAUGAUCUCUUUCCUGGGACAUUCCAAACCAUUGAGCUGUUUGCUGAUCACCCAGGGACAUGGUUGUUACACUGUCACGUGUCUGACCACAUCCAUGCUGGCAUGGAGACAACCUACACAGUCCUUCAGAACAUAGACAACAGGAUCCCUUACUCCACGAAAUCUCCAUCUGGAGGAGCAUCUCACCCAGCCAUAGUGCCCCCCAAUGGAGAACCUGGCAAGGAGCAGCUCUAUUUCUUUGGCAAGAAUCUGGGUCCUAGGGGAGCCAAAGUAGCCUUGGUCAUCCUCUUCAUCAUUGGACUCCUCCUCCUGAUCUCCACAGUGAUUCUCUCCCUCAGACUGCGGUCGGCAAGGAAGCAGGUCGCAUACCGGGAAGUCCAGUCCUGCGCACUCCCCACGGAUGCUCUGUGAACCAGCUGGUCGUCCUCAGCAGGGAAACUGGACAAGGCAUCGUUCAUCAAGACAGGUUUACAUUAUAUCUUGGAUCAGGCUUUGAUCCUCCAGAACACAAUCAUAGCAAUUUGCUUUUACUUAUUUAUUUUUUUAAUGGGCUGUGAAUAAUCCUCAGGUAUAAAAUACAGAAAGAAGAACAGGUGUGACUGAGAAAACACAUUCUGUUCUCUGAAAGAGUUUGCUGAAGUGGGACAACCUUCUGAAAGAUAUCUCUAUUUUCCUUUU